AAUUAUUUCAUUAAGUGUCAGUAUGCUUGGACUUGAGGGUCAUAUCACUCACUGUACCUCAACUGCUCCAAAAGUUACACUCCGAAAAGACCGAUAACUCAAAGAAACACUCCCGCCCUAAAGUUUCCGUCAAGUUCUGCUAGCCUCCUUCUAUGGCCGUAACCUUCCUUGCUGUUUUGCAUUCCAACAGUGGUUAUUAUCUAAUCACCAGCUCACGUGAUGUGACUUCGUUUUUUCCGAGAGUGCAAGGCGCGCACAAAGACUCAUCGUCCACAAUACUGGUGCAGUCAGCAACCCAAAGGUACACAACGACAACCACACCGACAACCCCACCCCCAUUACCAACAGACAGGCGAUAAUCAGCAAAAUGAAGGUGUGUCACAAAUCGUCCCUGUGUACGAGUUUCCACGAGCCGUCCUUUAUCUGUUUUGGGGGGGGGAAGGAAGCGAGAUGGAAUUCUUUUUUUCGGUCGGAGGGAACGGAAGGGGAAACGCUGACUUAAUUACUUUCUUCUCCUUUUCUCGCCCUCUAGGCCGAACUUGAUUCCUUCAGCGGAGCCAAAAUCUUCCCUAGCAAGGGGAAACUAUAUGUCCGUGGCGACAGCAAAGUUUUCCGCUUCGUCAACGGUAAAUCCGAGUCGUUGUUUCUCCAGCGCAAGAAUCCCCGCAGAAUUGCCUGGACAGUUCUCUUCAGACGAAAGCAUAAGAAGGGUAUCUCCGAGGUACGCUAUUUCCUUUCCCAUAUACAUACUCUACGGGUUCUGUGAAAGCUAGGUAUUAACACUUAUCGGGGAGUUCAGGAAGUCGCCAAGAAGAGGUCUCGCAAGACCGUGAAGCACCAGCGUGCUAUUGUCGGUGCUUCUCUCGAUGUCAUUAAGGAGCGCCGUUCUAUGCGCCCCGAGGUCCGCCAGGCUGCCCGUGCCCAGGCUAUCAAGGACGGGAAGGAAAAGAAGGCAGCGGCAGAAUCCAAGAAGAAGGCAGAGAAGGCAAAGUCUGCUGCGGGAGCCGCUCGUGGAAACGCACAGAAGGUGUCCAAACAAGGUGCUAAGGGGGCUGCUCCGAAGGUCCAGGCCAGAACCCGCUAAAUUCAAAUAAAUCCAUUGAAGGGCUCUCUCGGUUUGGGGUUUUCUUUUCACUUUCUUCCCUCUUAGCAGCUAGUAUAUUACUUUUUUCUUUCCUCCCUAAAAACUGGAUUUGCGUUU